GAUCUGCACAAAUUUCUUUUUUCCAUAAUUUUCCGAUUUUUAGUUUCAGCGUAUUAUUUAUUAUUCUUAGAUUCCGAUAAUAUUUAGACGUUUCACAAUAAUGAUGUGGUGGCUGUAAUAUUUGGUAUUUCUGGGGCCUGUAGAAUGGAUGAGUUAGUCCGAAUGACUGUACACGAUAUAGAAGACUUAGAAUCUAAGCUUUUAAUCAGCAUACCUGAUUCGAAAACCAACAAACCAAGAUCAUUUGUAAUUAAUCAGAUCUACUUGAAUGUUUAUCGAAAGUAUGUUUCGUUAAGACCAGAAAAUAUGAACAGUGACCGAUUUUUCUUUAAAUAUCAAAGCGGAAAGGGUUGUAGACAAGUGGUAGGAAUUCAUCAAUUUAGAAAAAUGCCCAAAAUAGUUGCUACUUAUUUGAACUUGGUAAAUCCGACAGAAUAUACUGGUCACUGCUUUCGUCGGUCUUCUGCAACAAUAUUGGUUGACGCUGGUGCCGACAUAACUAGUUUAAAGAGGCAUGGCGGAUGGAAGUCAUCAAACGUUGCUGAAGGAUAUAUCGAAGAAUCGCUUAACAAUAAGGUUGAGGUGGCAAAUAAAAUUUUCACAGUACAAAAUAUUCAACAAAAUGACCCGUCCACCCUGCAUGUUGUCCAAAAUGUUUCUCAUAGUUCUAAGAGUGUUCCUCCAAUGUUCAAUAAUUGUACUAACUGUCAAAUUACUGUAAAUAUAACAAAUUGAUCUUAAAAAUGUAUUCAGCAAUGACUUGAUGUUUUCAAAAUAUAAAUUAAUUCCUUAUAA